AAAGUUUAUUGAUUCUAGCCAGAUGUCUAGCAAGGAGGAUGACUCCACUCCAACAGGAAUGAACAGGACAGAUGUUCAAUGGUCUAAUACCUCCAAAAUUCAUUCCUCAAUGUGAAGAUUGCAGCAAGAUUACUCCCAUAACUAUGACGAGGAUCCUUAUAACUCCAACACCAAAUUCCAAGUUGCAAAGAAAGUAAUCAGAGACCAAAAAUUUGCCAUCGAUGAAGGAAGAGAAAACGAAGAUGCAAUGAAAAUAGAAAGACUCGCCAAUGGCUAUGGAGCUAAAAGACCAUACAUCAAGCAAUCUACAGGAACUGUUUUUAGUGAUGCUUCAGGCUCAAAUGAUGGAAAGAAUAAAACAGAAGAGCCUGCUUUAACUUUGAGACGGAACUCUGAUCACAAUAAAAUAAGACCGAAAAGUGCUCUAUCUGAGACAAGCCAGAAAAGUCAAGACAUUGAAUAUCAAGAUCCAAAUGAAAGAGCAUUACAUAAAAUCAUUAGCAAUACUUUGAAGUAUUACCAGUUCAAUGAAAACUACAGCACAGAUGUCAUCAUGAGGCUCUAUGCAGAGCAUGACUUAAUCAAAUUUGCUGGACUUGCUACUAACGAUGCUAACCCCAGAUGUCUCAACUCCAUCAUCGACAUGGGCGAGUACCCAAUCGUGAAAGUGUUUAAUAAAUAAGCCCAUGGCUGACUACAAUGACAUCGAAAACAACAGUGCAAAGUCGGAAGAACAGAAAGGGUUCGGCAAGCUCAAAGAAAAGAAGAAGAAAUACUCAGACCUGACAUUCCUUCCUCCUCCACCAAACAAAUACCUUGAUGUGAUCACUUACUCGGAAUGUUCUCCGAGCUUCGAGAUCAGAGAAGAGCAAGUCAGCCAGGAAACACUGAACAUGACUGAAGCUGACCGAGAAGAGUUCAAUGUGACGAUAUCACAGAUCAACCAGAUAUUAAAACCUUUGAGGGGAAAAGUCGCAUUGUAUGACAGAUUCAUAUUAAUCUAUUUGAUCUUCGGCUUCUUUGUUGCUGGAGUUAUAGGUGUAAUACUUUGGAUGUUCCUACAUGUUGCAGUCUCAAUAUUUGUUGGUAUUCUAUAUUUUGUGAUUCUGGUUAUUUUAGUAUACAUGUCAAAGAAGAAGUCAUCUACUUUAAUUAAGAAAGCUCAUCUCUGACUUGCCCUGUACCUUCAUGUGGAGAACAAUCGAUACUACAAACACAAGAAGAUCAUAAUGCGGCCUGGCUAUAUGGCCAAGUGGAUCGAAGUGCUUUAUCUGGAGCCCCUCAUCAGAGAAGAAGGAGGUAAUUCUGCUAUACUCAAACGGCUCUGAGCUCAAUGCUAA